CACGACUUUACCCAUGAUUCUAUAGUAAUCUAUAUGCUAUCUUAUAGUAACCCCGCCUCCAGCCCCGGGGAAGGAAUUGUCAUUCCUCACCAUAUCCAUCAUGUCGCUUUCAGACACAGAAGACGUGGUUGUGGUGGAUUCCCGCGAUAUUUGUGACUUCAACGAACAAAACAUUCUUCCUCUUCCAGCAGAGGAGCUCAAGAAGAUCCGAGAUUGGCUGCAGCCCACACCGUAUGAUCUAGAGAGAUCUGAAUUCUCAAGACAUCGGGCAUCAUAUCUUGCAGGCACCGGGCAGUGGCUUCUGUCCACAACUACCUAUCAAAAAUGGCAUCAAGGCGAUGCGAAUGGCCUCCUUUGGAUCAAAGGCAUCCCCGGAUCCGGAAAAUCUGUCAUGGCAGCCUCGAUCAUCGACCAGCUCCGCAAGGAAGAGGUCCCAGUCCUUUCCUUCUUUUUCCGCCAGAUCAUUGAUGCAAACCACCAGCCGGUAGCUGCGUUGCGAGAUUGGCUGUGCCAAAUGCUUCCCUACAGCCCACCCUUGCAAGUCCGGCUGAAAGAUGACUACCUGAAGAAGAGUCGCUCGGUGGAUAGUCUAUCUCCAAGCGAUCUCUGGAAAGAUCUCAAGCUUGCUCUGGCUGCCUUCCCCAAGGCCUACUGCGUCACCGAUGCCUUGGACGAGAUGGAUCAGGGCAACGAUGACUUUCUCCACGAUUUGGCCGAGCUGGGCCAAUGGCGCCCUGCCAAUGUCAAAGUCCUCAUUACCUCACGCCCAGUGAUCGCUGUAGAGUCUCCCUUACGGCAGUUCCGUAUACCACAUCUUCGCUUGGAGGAACGCCUCGUCGAUAUUGAUAUUGCUGCCUAUGUGCAAUACAGACUGCGAAACUCCUCCGUCCCCCACGAAUACUGGGAUCUUAUCACCGAAGCCGUGCCUGGUCGAGCCAAUGGUCUCUUCUUACAUGCAAAGCUUUCAAUGGACGCGUUUGUCGAGCCGGAAGCCAACGCUCAGGAGGUCCUUGAAAAACUGCCAGCGGACCUGAACGUGAUGUAUAACAACCUCUUGCGCGAACAUGCAAAGCGCUCGCAUGUUCCAGACGAAUUGCAGCUUCUCGUCUUGCAGUUUGUCACUCAUGCCACCCGGCCAUUGCGUCUUUUAGAGAUUGCGGAGAUGGUCCAGACAACCCAUGCUUUGGUGGGAGAACGCAGCCUGAAAGAGACCAAAGACCUCAUCCGGGCUGCUUGUGGCCCGCUACUGGAGGUCCUGCACGACGAGACCGUCUCUGUUGUUCACCACUCCUUUACCGAGUUUCUCAAAGGAUUCACUCGUGUCUCGGAUGGUGCAAGCUACCCGAUCCUUGAGACUGGCCCGACUAACCAACGCCUUGCCAUGGUAUGCUUGGGCUAUCUACAAUCUGGAUGUCUGGACAACUUGGAUAUCAAGCAACGCAGUAAGCAGGACGAGUUCUAUCGACCCAAAAAGGCUCAGCAGAGUGCAAUCAGGCUGCAAUUCCCAUUCCUGGAAUACGCAGCGGAGAACUGGUACAUCCACACACGUCGUGCAGUACUUGCUGGUGCAGAUAUGUCAUCGUUCUACAUGGCUCUGGAUACCUUCAUGGCAGAUAACCAGAGAUUCACUGCCUGGCUGGAUCUCGACUGGCCCGAGCAUUUGAUCCAAGGGCUCACUCCACUCCAUGUUGCUGCUCGGACGGGGCUGGCGCAAUACACUGCACGCUUGCUUGCAGGGGGCGGUGCAGACCCAAAUGCGAAGAGCUUUGCUGGUGAUCCUCCACUCUACUGGGCUGCUUCAGCCGGCCAUGCAGACGUCGCACAGCUUCUCAUUGACAACGGGGCGGAUCCAGACGGAGAGGCGCACGAAGGAUACAAACCGCUCCAUAUCGCUGCCACCAAGAACCGAGCUGGUGUCGUCAAGGUCCUGCUGGCUGCUGGGGUCGACCCGCUCACUCCAAAGACAAGAGAAAAACCGGGCAGAUUCUGUGGCAAUGCGCCGCGUUCAGUUGGUCAUACACCGCUGAUGUAUGCCUGUCAACACGGGCAUGCUGAAGCCGUGGCGGAGUUUCUUCCAUAUCUUACAGAUCCCGAAACCCUCAUCCGUGCCCUUUCUUGGUCGGCAGGGUCGGGGCACGCAGCCUGUGUGGACUUGAUUGUCCGAUAUCCAGGCGUAGACGCGAACUCCAAGUACAUGGGAGAGACUCCACUGUUCAAAGCCUGCAAUGAAGGAUCGUUGAAGACAAUCAAGGUUCUUCUCCGAGCAGGUGCAGAUCCCAAUACCUUCAACUCUUAUCCAGUGGAUGAGUUUAGUGGAAAUUUCCUUAUGAAUCGACGUCACCCCUCAACGCACCCAGACGGUCCGAGAGGCUACACUGCAUUACAGGCACUGUGCGGAAUCAACAAAAGGCUACAUGAGCGCAACCCUACCGUGGAGUGUGUUCCCCCUUGCAUUAUGCCUGUGAAACCAAUAUAGAGAUUGCAAAACUGCUAUUAGAUGCCGGAGCAGAUCCUACUGCUGAAGACGACCGUGGCAAUACAAUCCUCCAUACUGAUGGAUCUACAGACAAAGAGUUGCUGCCUCUGGUAUUGGACUCAGGGCUUAUUGAUAUCAGGAAGCUCACAGCAGGGCCUUUGCACUGUCGGAUCAAUGGCUUGCAUAUCG